ACUUAAUGGGCCUUUAUUUAGCAUCUUGUACAGGUGUGUACGUUAUGUGGUGUUAAAUUUGUGGCUAUUGUUUGUUGUGGGACAGAGAUAUUUCUACUGCUGAGUGCUGACUGCCCUCUCUCUGUCUCUCAUGGCAACUCUUCCAUCUUUUGCUGCUACCACUGCGAACCUCCAUUCAGGUCACCACCGUGUCAUUUUCCGGCAAAGCUAUUGUCCGAGUAGAGCAUACACAGUGCGAUGUGAUGCAAAGAACCCGACAAAUAAUUCGUCCACGAAGCAAGACUCUGUGCCUGAAAAUAAUGUGCUGCUGAAGGCGGCUUGGUAUGGCUCUGAGCUUCUGGGCAUUGCUGCUUCCCUUCUGCGGUCUCCGACCACCACAGAAACUAAAGCUCCCGAAGGAAUUGCAGGGCUUUCCUCCGAUGGGUUGUCUGGAGUGGUUGAUCGUUCCCUGGUUGUUGAUACCAUCAAAGAUGACUUCUUGAGAUCAUACUUUGUUACAGGGAACCUGACUGUGGAUGCAUAUGAAGAGGAGUGUGAAUUUGCAGACCCGGCAGGGUCCUUCAAAGGGCUGCGCAGAUUCAAGAGGAACUGCACCAACUUUGGGUACCUUGUGGAGAAAUCAAACAUGAAACUUAUGAAGUGGGAGGAUUUUGAGGAGAAGGCGAUUGGACACUGGCGCUUUAGCUGUGUUUUGACAUUCCCAUGGAAGCCCAUUCUUUCAGCUACUGGUUACACAGAAUAUUACUUCAAUGAAGAAUCAGGGAAAGUAUGCAGGCAUGUAGAGCACUGGAAUGUACCAAAGAUGGCUCUGUUCAAGCAAAUCCUAAGGCCUGGUGCCAACUCAAAAUCUAUUUAAACACACCCCUCCCUCCUCCCUUUUCAACUUUGGAUUGAAGAAACAUUGUACAGUCAAAUGAUUGUAUGUAUUUGGGAUUGAGAAAUGUACUGUAGUAGGUUGUCAUACAUGCUUCCUUCUGUCCGUCCUAGCUUCAACAAAGCUUCUACACUUGAGGACUCAUAUGUAAUCAAUGUAGUACAGUUUUAGAAUACGACACUCUGCCAUUAUACUCCGUAUUAACUUAUUCUAGAUUUCUAGUCACUAUAUUAUACUCC